UUUUCCAAGAGAAGGUCAGUGCCACCACCACGACACCGGCGUCCCUCUGAGGAAGAAGACGUGAAGAAUUUCUAUGAAAUCUAUCCAGGAAUCGGUGAAAUAGCCAAGGACGCGAAAUGCAGUGACAAAGGAACUCUCCUAAUGUUCCCGAUGGCUAAAUUUGGUUUAAGAGACUUUAAGCUGACAAGACUGGUUAACUUACUGUUAAACAGAUGGAUGAAAGACUUGGGAAAAAUAUUUUAUGGGAAUAUUGUUGCUUAUGAUGCUGCCAUCAUUCCAGCAGUUAAACAGGAGGAGUUGCAAAAUGUUAUAUGGAGGAAUGUCUUCUUUGAGGAAAGCUCGCUGAAACCAACUGAUACUGCCUUGCAUUCAGUCCAGGCAAGUUACUCUCUACUUUAUCCCUUAGAUUUUUCAGUUAGUACUUCAGCUACAGAGGUCAAUCAGAAAGCUUCAGAAUCUUUGGCUGGUCUAGAAGAGUAUCCUAAUUUGUUUGAGGACUGGCAAGUCGCACUUGCAGUUGAAUCAAAAGUUGCAGAGACAAGGUUGUGCGUGCAAGAUCCUGCACAAUAUAAAAAACGAGAACAGAUCUCUCCUUUGGUGAACUUCGAGUGA